AUGUCGGGCGGCCUCCUGACGCAGUACGACGCGCUGCUCGACGAGAACGACUGGGACAUAUACUACUGGGCGACGCAGCGCGAGCCCUCGGACACGUAUACGCCCACUAACCCGUCGAUGCCCGCGAGCAGGAGCGGCAGCAGCACCAGCACGCAGCCAUCUCCGGACGCGGUUGUGCGGUCCCAGCCGCCGAGGGGAGAGUGGGCGCAGACGGUGGGCAACUUCAAGCCCGCGUACAGGCCGGUGCCCGAGAGAUGGAGGGGCAGCGAGGUCCUGGCGCUGCUGAGGGCGCACGUGAGGAGCAAGAGCGUCGACGGCGCCGACGGCGGCGGCAUGGCCUUUAUGCCGGCCCUGGAAGGUCGCUGA